AAAACCGCAUCACUCCCGUGUUUCUAAGCAUUUCAGUUCGAGUCUUUGCAUAAUCUGUGAAGCUGGAAAACAAAAUGAAUUUCAUUAAGAUUUUAUUUGCUUUCACCAUUCUUAUUGUUGCUUUCGCUGGACAAAGUGAGGCUAGUUGGUUCAAAAAAGUGUUCAAGCCAGUGGAAAAAGUCGGUCAGAGAGUUCGAGAUGCUGGAAUUCAAGGGCUAACCAUAGCCCAGCAAGGAGCUAAUGUUUUGGCUACGGCUCGAGGAGGACCACCGCAUUAAUGACUGAAACUAACAGGUUCAAGGAUUCAUAUUUGGUUAUGUUUGCUAACUUGGAUGUUUCACAUAACAAAUUCAUUUAAUAUGAAUAAAAAGGAAUAAUAAUAAUAAAAUAAUAAAUUGUAUAAGAAAA